AUGAGAGAAAUCGUUCACGUAUAAGGAGGUUAAUGCGGUAACUAAAUUGGUGCCAAAUUUUGGGAAGUAAUAUCCGAUGAACACGGAAUUGACCCAACCGGAACCUAUCACGGAGAUUCUGACUUAUAACUCGAAAGAAUCAAUGUUUAUUACAACGAAGCAACUGGAGGAAGAUACGUCCCUAGAGCUAUUCUUAUGGACUUAGAACCUGGUACCAUGGACUCUGUAAGAGCUGGACCUUUUGGUUAACUUUUCAGACCUGAUAACUUCGUUUUUGGUUAAACUGGUGCUGGUAACAAUUGGGCUAAAGGUCAUUACACUGAAGGUGCUGAAUUGAUUGAUUCAGUAUUAGAUGUUGUUAGAAAAGAAGCUGAAGGAUGUGAUUGUUUACAAGGUUUCUAAAUUACCCACUCUUUGGGAGGUGGUACUGGUUCUGGUAUGGGAACUUUACUUAUUUCUAAGGUCAGAGAAGAAUAUCCUGAUAGAAUUAUGGAAACUUUCUCCGUUGUACCUUCACCUAAAGUAUCUGAUACAGUCGUAGAACCCUACAAUGCUACAUUAUCUGUACAUUAACUCGUCGAAAACGCUGAUGAAUGUAUGGUUAUUGACAAUGAAGCUCUCUAUGAUAUCUGUUUCAGAACUUUGAAAUUAACCACACCCACCUAUGGAGAUUUAAAUCACUUAGUUUCUGCUGCUAUGUCCGGAGUUACCUGUUGUUUAAGAUUCCCUGGUUAAUUGAACUCUGAUUUAAGAAAGUUAGCUGUAAACUUAAUUCCUUUCCCUAGAUUGCACUUCUUUAUGAUAGGUUUCGCUCCUUUGACUUCUAGAGGAUCUUAAUAAUAUAGAGCUUUAACUGUCCCUGAAUUAACCUAAUAAAUGUUCGAUGCUAAAAAUAUGAUGUGCGCUGCAGAUCCUAGACACGGAAGAUAUUUGACCGCUUCAGCCUUAUUUAGAGGAAGAAUGUCCACUAAAGAAGUUGAUGAAUAAAUGCUCAAUGUUUAAAAUAAAAACUCUUCUUAUUUUGUAGAAUGGAUUCCUAAUAAUAUUAAAUCUUCUAUUUGUGAUAUCCCUCCUAAAGGUUUAAAAAUGGCUGUCACUUUUGUAGGAAACUCAACUGCUAUUUAAGAAAUGUUUAAGAGAGUUGCUGAAUAAUUCACUGCUAUGUUCAGAAGAAAAGCUUUCUUACAUUGGUAUACUGGUGAAGGUAUGGACGAAAUGGAAUUCACUGAAGCUGAAUCUAAUAUGAACGAUCUCGUCUCUGAAUAUUAAUAAUAUUAAGAUGCUACUGCUGAAGAAGAAGGUGAAUUUGAUGAAGAAGAAUAAGCCAAUUGAGGUACUUUUUUUACAAUACAUUUCAAAAAUAUAAGAAAUAACCCCCCCCCCCAUAAUAAUAAUUAUAUAAUAAAUAAUAUAUAAAACAUAUAUUAAAUUAAACGCCACCCUUUAUAUAUAUUAUAUGUCGAAUUUGUAAUUUUAUAAAUUUAAGUUUAGAAAAU